GCCACGCCCACAGUCUCCUGUAACAGUUGUUCUUAAAAUGGCGCCGUUGGAUUUGGACAAGUAUGUGGAAAUUGCGAAGCAGUGCAAAUACCUUCCCGAAAACGACUUGAAGAGACUGUGCGAUUAUGUGUGUGACCUGUUGCUGGAGGAGUCCAACGUCCAGCCUGUGUCCACCCCUGUCACAGUAUGUGGGGACAUUCACGGCCAGUUUUACGACCUGUGUGAACUCUUCAGAACCGGGGGCCAGGUUCCCGACACCAACUACAUUUUCAUGGGUGAUUUCGUGGACCGGGGCUACUACAGCCUGGAGACCUUCACGUACCUCCUAGCGUUAAAAGCGAAGUGGCCGGAUCGCAUUACGUUGCUGCGGGGGAACCACGAAAGCCGACAGAUCACACAGGUGUAUGGGUUUUAUGAUGAGUGCCAGACGAAAUACGGGAACGCAAAUGCCUGGCGGUACUGUACGAAAGUGUUUGACAUGCUGACAGUAGCUGCUUUGAUUGAUGAGCAGAUCCUGUGCGUGCACGGCGGACUCUCCCCAGACAUCAAGACCCUGGACCAGAUCCGCACGAUCGAGCGUAACCAGGAGAUCCCCCACAAGGGGGCUUUCUGUGACCUGGUGUGGUCAGACCCUGAGGAUGUGGACACAUGGGCCAUCAGUCCAAGAGGUGCCGGUUGGCUCUUUGGUGCCAAAGUCACAAAUGAGUUUGUCCAUAUCAACAACCUAAAGCUGAUUUGCCGGGCGCACCAGCUUGUCCACGAGGGCUACAAGUUCAUGUUUGACGAGAAGCUGGUGACAGUAUGGUCAGCACCCAACUACUGCUACCGCUGCGGGAACAUCGCAUCCAUCAUGGUGUUCAAGGAUGCGAACACACGGGAGCCCAAGCUGUUCCGUGCUGUGCCGGACUCAGAGCGGGUCAUUCCCCCUAGAACGACAACGCCCUACUUCCUCUGAAUGUGGGGCCGACUUGCCUUCCUUUUCUGUCUACUUAUAUGUUCAUUUUUCCCCCUCUUUCUUAAAUUUUUAAUUGUA